GGUUGUAGCUGGGGCAGCGUCAGCCCGGGCAGAUGAAUGACCUCAGAUAUCUCACCGGCGGAAUUCGAGUGGUGAUGCCCCACGCGACAAGCAUCCGCGGAAUUUAGAGACGCGAAUUUCACUAGAUAGCAAGUCCGCAGGGAAAACUGUCCACACAGACUGCUUUUUACACAAGUCCGGGCCAGUAAAUCUACUAAGAACUUGUGUCGAGGCGUGAAGCCACAAUGCUGGGCUCGCAACCAUUGCUUCGGAGACAGAGCGCCUUGGUCCGAUAUACGGAAGUACACCAACUCGAAACACGGUGAUGGAAUGAUCGGCGGGCAGCUUCAAAAUGUUCGAGAAGGACAUCUACCAGCUCAUCCGUGGGCUACGUGCCCACAAGGGCAAUGAGCGGGCAUACAUUCAGGAUAGCUUGCGAGAAUGUCGGAAAGAGAUCAAGAGCCAGGAUAUGGAUCAGAAGGCGACGGCCCUGCUGAAGCUGGUAUACCUCGAAAUGUUCGGCCAUGACAUGUCGUGGGCGUCUUUCAACGUCCUGGAGGUCAUGUCAUCGCCAAAGUAUCUGCAGAAGAGAGUAGGCUAUCUUGCAGCGGUGCAGAGCUUCCGGCCAGACACGGAAGUGUUGAUGUUGGCGGAGAAUCUGUUGAAGAAGGAUUUGAAUUCGCCAGAUAAGAUAUUGAUGAGCCUACCGCUAGUUGCCAUUCCGCAUGUCAUUAGUCCGUCCAUGGCCAACUCUCUCCUCACGGAUCUCCUGCCGCGCAUGUCACAUUCAAAUCCAGCCAUUCGGAAAAAGACCAUUGUCACGCUGUACCGCCUGGCGCUCGUCUACCCAGAGACCUUGCGCCCAGCUUGGCCCAAGAUCAAGGAACAUCUUCUCGACGAGAACGAGGAUCCCAGCGUCACGGCUGCCAUUGUCAACGUCGUUUGCGAGCUAGGAUGGAGGCGACCACAGGACUUCUUACCACUUGCGCCACGGCUGUUUGAGCUGUUGACAGCAGGUGGAAACAACUGGAUGGCCAUCAAGAUCAUAAAGCUAUUUUCUGUUUUGACACCACUGGAGCCGCGGUUGGUGAAGAAGCUACUGCCGCCAUUGACCUCCAUCAUCAAGACCACCCCGGCAAUGAGUCUUCUCUACGAAUGCAUAAACGGCAUCAUCCAGGGCGGCAUCAUGGAAGCUGCUGGAGGGACGACGGAGGGAGAUGAGAUUGCUCGGCUGUGCGUCAACAAAUUGCGGGCGAUGCUUGUAGUUCAGGGAGACCCAAAUCUUCGCUACGUGGCUCUACUGGCCUUCACCAAGAUCACAAACUCGCAUGCCGACAUUGUCUCACAACAUCAAGAUGUCAUCAUGGAGUGUAUCGACGACGGUGAUAUUUCAAUCAGAACGCGCGCCCUGGAUCUUGUCGUUGGCAUGGUCAGCGCCUAUAACUUGCAGAUCGUAGUUGAGCGGCUACUAAAGCAACUUCGCACCGCCGACAGAGCCACUGCAGCUGAAGAAGCGACAGAAGAUCGUGGUAUGCACAGCGAGAUUGUCCCAAUGGCAGAUGAUGAGGAGGAUGCCGCGGCGGCCAAAGUCAAGGCCAGGCAGAAGGCAGCAUCACAGACGCCUCCCCUACCUGACGAUUAUCGUACAUCAGUCAUUGAACGCAUACUGGAAAUGUGCUCAAGAGACACGUACACCAACAUGAACGACUUCGAAUGGUACAUUGGCGUGCUCGUUGAGCUCGUCAAGCAGUGUCCGUCAACAGCAUCUGCUGGGCGCUUUGGCUCUAGUCAAACGACAAACCUUGAUCAGUCAAGUGUGGCGAAUGCCAUUGGUGCAGAGCUUCUGAACGUCGCGGUUCGUGUAAAAGCAGCUCGUCCAGAAGCCGCCGCCGCUGCGCAGUCGCUUCUUCUAUUUGACCGUCGAGAGCGAAAUUUCCCUGCUGGCAGCAGUGGCGGACAAGACGUUCUUAUCGCUGCGGCUUUCAUAGCAGGCGAAUACGCAAACAUGCUGCCCGACCCGGAAGCCGUACUCACAUCUCUGAUUCACACAUCCAGUGCGCAGUUACCAGCGAAGGCUCUGACCAGCUACCUACAAGCAGUGCCGAAAGUCUUUGCUGUAUUGACAGGUAGUCAGGAAGCCUCCUGGACGACCACAAGAAGGUCCACCACGACGUUGUUCAUCGCACGAAUCAUUAAUUUCGUAGAGCCUCUGACAUUGCAUCCGAAUCUAGAUGUUCAGGAAAGAGCUGUUGAGUAUCUUGACCUCAUGCGGCUUGCAUCAGAGGCUGUUGCAUCGCAACAAACCGAGUCGGCUGACGAAAAUUAUGCUGAGCCACCUCUCCUCCUAACGCAGGCGAUACCGGCGCUUUUCUCAGGCACAGAAUUGAACCCAGUCGCCGCUGCGGCGUUGCGAAAGGUGCCACAGCCUGACGAGCUCGAUCUCGAUUCGCCCAUCAACAGCAAUCUACAGAUGCUCCUAGCGCAAGCAGAGUACGACACGGAUUAUGAAGACAGCAACAACGAGGUGUAUCGCUUCUACCACGACAGAGCUGCCGGCAUUCCGGUCGUCGUACAAAAGUCCGCCGCUGAACUCCUCGAUGAUCCGGCCUCCAACAGAAAUGCUUCAUACCAAGAUGCUGGUGAUGAACCACUCACAGCAGAAGCUAUUGAGCGAAAGAAAGCUGAGCGUCGUGAACGAUAUCGGGACGAUCCAUAUUAUAUCGACUCCGAUCGAGGCUCGGGAAUCUCGACCCCAAUGCACAACAUUCUUCACGCCGCGAACGGAGACGAGCUCGACGUCGACGCCAUCCCCGUCCUCGAGCUCCAGCUCGAUCCCAAGGACCUCGCCGGCACCGCCAACCCGCGCUCCCAAGCCAUCGGAAAACCCAACCGGCGCCAACCAAAACGGCACUUCGAAAUCGCCGGCGACGAAACGUUCGACGACAACGACAGCAGCACCCCCUCCUCGUUCAAGCCCCCCAGCCUCCUCUCCGGCCCCAAUCGGCCCAAGAAAUCCCUCCUGGAGGUCGACAGCAGCGGCCUCUCCGCCCUCUCCCUCACAUCCCACGACGACGCCAAUGGGAACGCGCCCCUCCACCCCCUCGAGAUCGAACGGCGCCAAGCCGAAGAAGCCGCCAUGGCGCAAGCGCUCAAGGAAGUCGAACGACUGCGCCUGCAAAUGCAACGGGCGCAGGAACGCGUCGGCGGGGAGGACGAUGACGACGAGGCGACGACGACAGUGGUCAAGCGGAAGAAACCCCGCAAGAAGAAAGUCCCUGCUGCCGACGACGAGGAAGGACAGCCCGCCGGGGAGGACAAGGAGAAGAAGAAGAAAAAGAAGAAAAAGAAGGUUUCGUCCGGAGACGGGGAGGAGCGCUCUGCCGCUGCUGGCGCGGCGGAGGAGGCGGCGAGACCUGCAACGAAGAAGAAGAAAAAGCGGCAGGUUGUAUUCGAUUGA